AUGUAUGAAUUUUGGGCAUAAAGAAGUUUUCGCGUCUCACUAAUNCAAGUUUGUCUGAAUUUUUGAAGCUUGAACAGAAAUAUUUAGGUACAACUCCUGUCAUGGGUGUUCCUGAAAAGGAAGUCGAUUUCCCUCGUGGUGGAGCACCAGCAGUUCGGAAAUCUCACGCAGUAAAAUCAAAGAUUGCAAAGGAUUUGAAAUCGAACAAAGAAGAUAAUCAGUUGUUCGGUGUAUCGAAAAAGAUUCACGAGGAUUUUGUUCUAUUAGAAACUGCAGACUCAUGCCGCGUCAGGCUUCCAGCCACUCAGGCAUGUUCGAAUUUAUCUUGUCUCCCAAUAUUCGCAUCCUUGCUUACUUUCCAGAUAUCCAAAAAGUUUACGGAGUUGCUGAAACUCGAAAAAGUUUCUCUCGAUGUUGCAUUCGUUGUUGGUCAAAUGGUGCCAUUUCGCGUUAUUGGACGAAAUUUGCAAACUUCAACGAAGAAGGGAAAAUCCAAUUCCAAGAAAAGGAACUCAACAUUACCAAUUGUCACCUGCGACCCUUCAAAGCUGUAUUCUCACUUUUCACCGACAACAUUGGCACCUGGAUUAGUGUUGCAAGGUAUCGUGGAGAGUGUCGAAGAGAAAGGUGCUAUUUUGGACAUCGGUAUGCAGUCGUUGCAAGCUUUUCUCCCUAGCAAAAAGCAAUUCCGACCUGUUGAAGUUGGUCAACCAGUAAUGCUUCGUGUAGAACCUGGAAAGACCUCGAGAAUUAUACCUGUGACUUCAUACGUAGAGCAGGUUCGUUUUUAUAGUGUGGUCUUUCUCGUUUUUUUAAUUUUGAGGAAGAGUUGGGAGCGUAAUUGCAAAACGAUUUUUGUUUGUCGUUAUGAUACGAUACUAAAAAACGGUUGUUCGAUAGUCAAAAAAGGGUAUUUGAAAUUGAAAACUGUUUUUGCGCUGUGUUGCUACCGAGGUGCGUUUGGCAAAUGUACGCCUGCCGUCGUCUUCGUCACUACUUAG